AUGAAAACUAAUGAGAAGCGCUCGUUGCACUCUGCAUAUCUUUGGUACAAAGAUCAGACCAGAGAACAACUCCAGCUGCCUAAAAUCACUAGUGAUAUAUCAGGCCUUUGGCUGUCAUACCCUUUACUGCGGAGAGCUAUUUUGUCGCGCUUCCGGCUGCGUGAGGAUACCCCUGAUACCUCCACUAAUAACCUCCGAAAGCAUUAUGCUGCAAAGCAUCCGCAUAUCAUGCUGACUGCUGUCGACGGCCGCCCUACAUUCCAAAAAGAGCAGGAUACACUCGGCAACUACAUAAUUAUUAACUGGUACAUCUCUUUGCACAAUGCUUACAAUAAUCGCCUCACCGCUGAAGCUAAUACUAAGCCUCCGAUUCCUCGUAAGGCCGAUGGUUCUGUUCAUUUGACUAAUAUACGUAACCGCGCGAGAGAGCUCGGUGGCCAAAUCCCGUGUGAGCCUUGUCGUGACGAAGAUGAUCAUCAAGGCUGUUGUCGUGAGGAAAAUAAGCUGCAAUGCGAUAAUUUUGAGCUUUUUGAUGACGGUCUGGGCGGCAAUAAGUGA